GUGACACCCGCAGUGACCGCGAUGACAUCCGUUAUGUCCGCAACCACGAUAAACGCGAUGUGACCGAAAACGUGACCGCGAAUGCUAUUUAAAUCCCUGGUUAAUAUUAUCAAAACAGUGCUCUCUAGUUUGAAGGAUGAGGAAAAUACUUCAUCAGAACAUCUCUCAGAAGAAAUGGAUGCAAUGAAGAAGAUUAAUGAAGACAUUAAGUACCAUGAAAAAAAGCAGCUUGAGAUUGAUCAUCAAAUUCGUGAGCUUCGUCUACAUCAAGCCAACAGGGUUACAGUUUUUGGUGGGGAUGGAGUGCUACGCCUUCGACGUGAAAUUGAAAGGCAUCACCGUGCAUUUACUGUGCCUCCUAUUGAUCCAAUUUGGGCUCCUUUUUACUUUUUGAUUGUUAUACAUAGGCAAGAUUUAAUUACUUUUCGGCUCAGAUGA